UUUUGACAUGAUCACUUUUUUGAGGAACAGGCGCCACAGUAUACCGAAACCGCAUCCACCUUAUUGUAAUUGUGAGGCGGUUUGCAACGCAGAAUUGAACGAGAGAAAUCCGACUUGCUGACGAUAGGAAGGAUGCGACUAUUCGCCUACAAAGCGAUCACCAAUCCAGCUUACAUUUGUCAGACCGUCGAUGACCCGAUUCUACAAGCAUUCAAUCUGGCGCACGAGCUGAAACAAGCGGCCUCCUUCGACAGGGAAUUUUAUCACGAGUACAAACGUCUCUCUGAGAAUGUGGCGCAAUUUGCGACGGAUCUUAUUGCCUGUGCGAGGAGCGUCGAGGAAGUGGAGGUCAUUCUUCAGCAGUCGACCGGAUUCGCUCAUUCGUCGAAAUUUUUGUAUCCGAGAUUGCUGUUCGCGCUGAGUAUUAAGCAGAGAACGUUUGUAGCACACCCUAAUGUUCAACAGGUUUGGAUUUUGUGGUUCUUUUUGGAAUUAGGGAGGUUUAGGAAGUUUCAGAAUUUGAGAUUUUGGAGAUUUGGAAUAAUUGAACUAAUGGGAUAUCAAGUUUUUGGAUUUAAAAAUUAA